AUUUAAUGGGCUUCGAUAUCCUCGACUAGAAAUUGAGGGGCUUGGGCAGCUGUCUGUAAGGGCCGGCUUGGAUAUGAGAUCCUUCUGGGGGUCCCUGACAUCCUGCAGGUUGGCGAACACAGGAAAUUUCUUUGGAGAGUUCCGUGGACUUUGGGGGCCUGCUGCAGAGUUACUCGUGAAUGCUGUUUUUCUGAGGGUGCCUACUCACGGCUGUUGGCCAGUUCCAUGCGGGAGAGACCUGAGGAGAAAACCAUCUGAGAGGUGUGUCUUCUCAACUGCUUGUCUCCCAGUGUGUCUUCCAGCUGCGCUGCCUGUCUCUUGAAUUCUGUUACAUCAUUGACUAAUGGAUGAGGAGAAAAGAGAAAAAGAGAAGAGGGAAAAGGCCGAUGAAUCUGAAAUCAGAAAGGACCGGUUCAGAGCCUUCUUUGCAGAAUUACGCAACAUGUUGCAAACUCAUGGUUAUCCUGUAAAAGGAGACAGAGCUAAAGCAUCAGAAAGCACCACAGCCCUUCCUCAGCCAGAAGAAGCCAAUGUCACUGCAGAAACAUCUACAGAAGCAUCUGCUUGGAUUCCAUCAUUCCAGAGCUAUGAAGACUUUCACCGAAUGGCACUACAAUCAUUAGAUGGCUUUAUGAUAAUACUGAGCGCAGAUGGAGUGAUAAUUUUUGUGGCUGAUAACAUCUCUUCCCUUCUUGGCUAUUCACCAGAUGAGGUUGUGGGUAAAAAAUUAUUAAGCCUUCUGCCUGAUGUAGAAAAAAGUGAAGUCUACAGAAAGAUUGCUCUCAAACAUCCUCUGUCAAGCUCAGUGGGAAGACAUAUUGAGUUUUGCUGUCAUUUUAGAAGAGGAAAUAUUCAGUGUGGUGGCAUCAUUACUUAUGAAUAUGUGAAAUUCAUCUUGGGUAUAAAAGAUAUUUCUAAUGAGCCUUUGGUGCUCUUCACCACCUUCUUCCCCAGCCAGCCCUACAACAAGUUGUAUGGUGCAAAUCUUCCUUUGGAGGAUAGGUUUUAUCUUGUGGGGUCCGUCUGUGUUCUCCGGGCUGAGGUCUUACGGGAGUUUUUCACUCCAAAGGAAACCAGUGAAGACAUUCAACCAGCACAAGAUUUGGAUGAGGAUGAGGAGUAUCAAUCUGAAGAGGGCAGAUGUCUUCAAGGCCAAAGAAGAAGUUCUAGAAUGAAAGCUGUUUGCUCUGAACGUGAAGCUUCUGCAGAAGAUGAUCAAAUCGAUACUGUAACUGCUGCUCAGUAUGCACCUCAAGAUUCUUCUAAUGUAAUUUCAAUAGAUUCUGAUUCACCUACUGACUCCAGCACAUCUCUGAACACCAUACCUGAAUCGCCAGCUACAUCAUCUUUGCAGAGCUUUCAGUUGGAACCUGAGAUGGAACAGAUGGAUGAGGUGAAUGAGACAGAAGAGGUGGGACAGAAGGAAGAUUUGGACCAGAUGCGUGAAAUGGAAGAUACAGAGCAGAUGGAGAAAAUGGAGCAGCCAUUACAGCCAUCUUCACCAGUCGCACCACACAUCAGCAGACAUGAGCUGGAACUGAUGAAGAAGUUCACAAAGCAGCUGGAUGAGAGGACUCGCCGGCUGCAGGCUGACCUCACCAGCCAACGGAGUGCACUGGAAGCGAUGAAGCAGCAGCUUCAGGCCAUGCAGGGGCACAAGUACCAGCUGCCUGCUUCAUGCCGCCCUGAGAGUCCUGAGCUGCAGACUUUGGAGCCAGUGCCCAAGAAACAAGUGAAGAGGUCUCGUUCAAAUCGCCCUGAUCUCAGGGAGGUCAAACAUUUCCGUGGUGCCUCAUCCCACUCUGUCAAAAUCUCUGAGGAGCUUGAGAACCUGCGGGAGCAACAGAUGGAGGAAGAGGAGCUACCAGAGCAACAGAUGGAGGAGCAGUACGUGGAUGAGGAGAAGCUACUGGAGCAACAGGUGGAAGAGGAGCAGCUGCCAGAGCAGGACAUGGAUAAGGAGAAGCUGCCGGAACAGCAGACCCAGCAUAAGGUUAUGCCUGUCAACUUAGUAGCUGAGCCACCGCCUUCUGACUGCUAUCAAGAUGAAAGCCUUGGAGAUCAAGAUGGGGCUCACAGCUUUCCUCAGUCUCCCAUAAGUUCUGACUCGAACACCUUUCCUCUGGAGACCCCGCAGGAGCACUUGGCAGACCCACAGCCUCAGCUUCACCAGCAGGUACAAGCCCCUGCGGGCAGAGCCCAAAGCUCUCCAGAACCAGAGGCUUUCCAGGAAGCUGCUGACCCUCUGCCAGACCAGGAGAGCUUCUUUGCGCCAGGAGAGCCGUCCGACGUGGAUGAGCAGCAAUGCUUCACUGGUCCUUGAAUGGAGGGAGAAGUAGGCUGCCAAGGUCUGCAAGACCAGGGGACCUCAAAAACUAAGAGUCCCCUGGAGUGAGGGUUGGGGGCGGGGGGCAGGUACUUAACUUUUCUUCCUUGAUUAAGUUCUUGUUGCAAUUGUUAGUAGAAUAUAGCCUGUUUCUUAGAAGUUGAGCUGUGAGGGCAGCCUGCAAUCUCUGGUAUACCCGUGGUCUCGUGUCCUAAACCGCUGUUCCCACCUGCCCUGCCCAGCCUCACACAUCUCCUCUACCGGGGGUGGGCAAGCUGAAAAGUGGUAUCAACAUAAAACACCCUUUUUUUUUUUUUUUGGCUGGGAAGUUAUUUUACAAUGUGGUUUCCAAGAAGUGAUUCUGUCUUAAACCACAAAAAUUUAGCCUUGAUUGUCAAGCCCUGUUUGUUGGGGAAACCCAGUGGUAAUGACAUUCUGGUGGUGGGAACCUGAAAUAAGUUCUGUAACAGAGAGGUGCUUAGCGCUAAAAUAAUCAGCUUCAUUGAAUAAAAUUGGUCUUUUGCUGCAACUCUGAACUUACA